CUUCCGCCGGAAGCGGUUCCUGUCAGUCGUCCUCCGGCGUUUGAGCUUGUUUGUGUUGGUUCGCGGCGCCUGGCAGAGUGAGGCUCGGACGGAGGAGCUGGAGAGGGAAGCUCGAGCGUAAACCCGGGCAGCGAGAUGGACGUUCUGAAAUCGGAGAUUCUCCGGAAGCGGCAGCUGGUGGAGGACAGGAACCUGCUGGUGGAAAAUAAAAAGUAUUUCAAGCGUAGUGAACUUGCCAAAAAAGAAGAGGAAGCGUAUUUUGAAAGAUGUGGCUACAAGAUACAGCCAAAAGAGGAGAACCAGAAACCAUUAACUUCUUCGAAUCCUGUGUUAGAACUUGAACUUGCAGAGGAAAAGUUACCCAUGACUCUUUCUAGGCAAGAGGUUAUCAGAAGAUUGAGAGAAAGAGGAGAACCAAUCAGACUAUUUGGAGAAACUGAUUAUGAUGCAUUUCAGCGUUUAAGAAAAAUAGAGAUCCUCACACCAGAAGUUAACAAGGGAUUGAGAAAUGAUCUGAAAGCAGCUUUGGAUAAGAUCGACCAGCAAUACCUCAAUGAGCUUGUUGGUGGCCAGGAACCUGGAGAGGAAGACACACAGAAUGACUUGAAAGUUCAUGAAGAAAACACCACAAUCGAGGAGUUAGAGGCAUUGGGAGAGUCUUUAGGAAAAGGGGAUGAUCAUAAAGACAUGGACAUCAUUACCAAAUUCCUUAAGUUUCUCCUUGGUGUUUGGGCUAAAGAACUGAAUGCCAGAGAAGAUUACGUGAAGCGCAGUGUGCAGGGUAAACUGAACAGUGCCACUCAAAAACAGACUGAGUCCUAUCUCAGACCCCUUUUCAGAAAGCUUCGGAAAAGGAAUCUUCCUGCUGAUAUUAAAGAAUCCAUAACAGAUAUUAUUAAGUUCAUGUUGCAGAGAGAAUAUGUAAAGAACAGCAACACUAGCAGACCCCUUGUUAGGGACGACUUUACCCCUUGUCCCGGUGUCUUUCCUCCUGAAUGGGCUCUAGGAGGUGGCGACAGGGAGAAAGCGCUCUUGUGGCCCGGAGUUCCUGGAGCCGACUUCAGAAAGGCUAAUGAUGCUUAUCUUCAGAUGGCCAUUGGAAACGCCCCUUGGCCCAUAGGGGUCACUAUGGUUGGUAUCCAUGCCAGAACUGGUAGAGAAAAGAUCUUUUCUAAGCACGUUGCACAUGUUUUGAACGAUGAAACACAGCGGAAAUAUAUUCAGGGUUUGAAGAGGUUAAUGACCAUCUGCCAGAAGCACUUCCCUACAGAUCCAUCAAAAUGUGUGGAGUACAAUGCGCUGUGAAAUCUGUGUGUGGCGUAUAAGUGACGAGAAACUGAAGCGAGCAUGGGACGGACUUCUGGAAUUACCAACAGGAAUGAGGGAAGAAGAAAAAAGGAGUUUCUUGAGUUUGAGUUCCACCUAAUGCAGUCCUCUUGGUUUUAAGAAACAGCGUUGGCUCUCAUAUCACAUCUGGCUGCAAACUGAUUUUUGUGUCAUUUACUUUAAUCAAAAAAUUAAGUUCUAAAGACUUUUCCUCGUAAUUUAAAUGUGUAGACAACUGUCACAGAAGGGGGUUUAAAAUGACUUUUUCCCUCUAAACCUGAGAGUUGGCAGGUGAUUAUAAAGGAACAUUUGAGGAUGGACUUAAUUAUUUCUGUAAAAUAUGGUAAUUUUCACAUUGUCUUUUAUGUAGUAUUUAUAAAAGAUAUUUUUAUAUAUUUCAAUGAAAAUAUGGAACCAUUUAAUGAAACUUUAUAGUCCUUAAAUGUUGCUGAACUUUUGCCAUCUUGCAGUAGAAUUUGAAUGUAAAUGUUAUCACUGUGGAGUGUUGUUUUCUGGCAUUUCAAGGCUUUUGCCUCGUAAAGAGUGUAAAUCUUAGUGUUCGUCAUCACUUGGGACAGAUAGAAUUAAUAGGAAACAGAAGUUUGAAAAAGAUGGUAUCCCAACAGGAGUUUAAAUUACAUAAACCCAGUGCAUCAAGGUUCAAGGUGGGGAAAUGGAUUGUCAAGCCAGCCAAGGAUGGGGACAUUUUGAUGGCAGUGGUUCUUCCCAGAAUAGGCCUGCCUGCCCGUGUCGCCGUCCCCGGGCCCGCGGUGGACUGCGGCUCCCAGCUGCCAGCUGCCCGGCAGAGGAGCGGGAUUCCGGGACCCUUGUUACUGCCCGAGUCCUAGGUCACGGGUCUGAUUUUCCUCAGAUGAGGACUUCUGAAGCUCACGGUGUCCUACCCAGAUCAUGGUGACGAAUGGCUAUGCCCAGGAAGUCGAGAGGACUCCGUUCCCGGAGGAAGGUGGGUGAGCGGAAUACACCUGACUUGGUGGAGUGGCACCAUCGGACGGCGGCAGCCAGGCAGGGGCUGCCAAGCCACAACUUCCAAGCUGGAGAUUCCAGCGCUCCGCCCCCCGAGCGCGCCACCGUGGGCAAGUAACUUCAUGUUCUCAGCCUCAUUUUCCCUGUCUGCAGUGGUAGUUACUAAGCGUAGUAUGUAUCUUGGAGCGCCGUUGUAUUAAAGUGAAAUAAAAUGCUUAGCGCAC